AUGGCCACACCCGAAAGCUCCCUGACACAUCCAAUCUACAAUGAGCACUUGCCAAAGAAAUAUGCUAUGCGUGAUGUCGGACCUACACUCACUUCUUCCAAAAAUUCUCUCAAUGGCCAUUUUAACAGCAUCCCCCAACUAUCUUCCUCCGCCCGACGCUACCAAGGGAUGAUGAUAUCUCUCCUUUCUAUGGCUCAAGAUCGAAUAUCUCGAAAAUUCCACGUCCCCAAGUAUCCCCGACAUGUAGCUGAUUCCUGGCAGGACAGCCGUCGGGAUCUUGGUCGAAGAACUGGCCAUUUCCCCAGAAGCUGUGAAGAUACCAUCUGCGCUGAAGUGGACGGGUCAAUCAACUGCUUGUCAGAAGAACUUUCAGAAGCCGAAAGAAGUCUUUGUGACAUGUGUUACCCUUCGAAGAAGGACGACCUGUUGAAGGCUCAUUGCCAGAGACAAGAAGCCAGGAGUCUCCGUGUAUUCUACAAGGUAUGUAUUGUUUUGGGGGCCUUCAUAGGGGGCGCUUUCCUGUCGUGCUUGAUCCGUUGGGUCGUCAAGACUCUUCGAGCACAUUACAGAAGGAUUUUGGGCGUGAAUUUAGCUCGGCCAACAUCAGAAUAUGAUGCGGAUUUUCCUCUUGAACCUGCAAUCUCGACCUCGAUGUCAUUUGUGUCCGAUUCCACAGGAGCAGCAAAUGGUCCAAUUCAACAGGGUACAACGUCUGCUCCAAGGGGGUUACGAAGAGUCAAUACAUUUGGAGUCUCCAUGAAAAGUCCUCGUCGAGAUGUUCGCGAUCUGUUCGAUUUGGCGCCAGCUGAACCCAACCGUCAAAAUACCGCAAGAUUGGACAAUCGGAUCCCAGUACUUCCUCGAGCACCCAAUGCAAGCGUCAAAAGACAUUAG